AUGCCGAUAUCUGUCUGUCCGGAAGGCCCGGAACUCUAUGACACCCUGCGUCUGACGUUCGGAAGGAGUGGGACCAGGUAGUUGUUCUUUGGACCUCAAAUUUAUCGGGUUUUUGCAAAAAAUUAUAAAGGACCCGGGGAAAUUUUACGGUUUUUAUCAAACUGACAAUCAAAUAUGCUUGCAGAAUAGUUGCAAAUUAUUCUGCGAGCAUGUGAUAUUCUUAGUUUCUCAAAUUCUUAAUUCUUUACGGUUCAAAAACUGCAUCUUUGGCCACAAUUUAUGGCUUAACGCAUUCACAGCUUUUAGUGCCCUAAGGCCAAAAGAAUAUAAAAACAACAAGGAUGUAUAGCAGUUUGACUUUCUUUUUACAUAGAUUGUGCCUUCAAAUGCCUUAGGGAAUGUGGUGACAAGGAACGGCGAAAUAUUUAAAAUCGAGCUGGAAGCUGGUCUAGAGUUAUAUAAAACUGUUUAUGAUUGGUUAGCUCGUGAACUUUUAGUUAUGAAAAAGGUAUCAUUGAGAGUAAAGUGUCACCUUUCUUGCAUCUGGAAGGAAUUUAAGCGUUCUUGCACACUUGUAUUUUCUAAUCUCCGUGGAUUUACUCUAAUCCGACAAGGUUGAUCAUAAUGAAAAGUAACCAGUGCAACCUGUAACAUAAUUAUUUUGGCUUUCGCAAAGUUUUUCUGGUUUUAGUUUUCUAAUGACCUGGUUAUUUUAUAAUUCACAGACUAAGGAAUAUGUUUUUUAUAUUACACAUGAGAUUUACACUAAAUUUCCCAUAUUUUUUGGGCUAUAACCAGUCUGAACACGCACUUCCUGCAAGCAUUAGGUCCGUACUCUGUGAAUCUUUUUUGCUCACUUAAAUUCGAAAAGCUGUCAAACAGACGUUCGCCCUGAGGGUCUUUGCGAACGGAUGUUCCCUUCCCCCCGUUCUUUGUUAUCCAUGACGUUCUUUUUCAAGCCGUUCUUCAAACAACAGUAAGAUUGGAGACAAAUAACUUUUGGAGAAUGUAUUUAACGUUAAGGAUGAGAGUUUGCAGCGAGUCAAAGGGUCCUGGGAGCCGGGAUUUAGAUUGUUUUAUUCAUCAAUGGGGUGAAAAUUUACAAAAAUGACUAAAAUUGGGUUAUAGCCGGUGAUUAUUUUGUAAAAUGACUUUUUGUUUCCAUUAUUAUUUUUUUUUUCUGUAUAAGACCAUUAUACAGUACCCUGUGGGUGUAUUUACGUCUGUCCGCCUUCCUUUUCAACAAGAACAGCUGUUCUUGAAAGGUGUUCUUGAUGGCUGUGACCUCAGGGCAUGAGACGCAACAGAUUGAUUAUGAGGUUUUCUGAUGCAAUCCACAUCCCGAACCGGUUUUCAUUCCUGUAAAAGAAGACUUAAUUUGAAAUAUUGAUUUGCCUUGGUACGCAAAAAACCAGACUAGGUCAUACUAUAACCAUGAUUAAAAAAUGGUCUUCGGGUUCGAAAUCCGGGCCCCAGAUUUUUCUUCCGGUUGUAUCUAGCUAUUUACGCUUGUUCUUUGUUUGUCUCUAGUCAAAUUUCUUUGUUGGGCUUCAAUGUUUAUGGAUAAUGUAAAUUGGAAGUUCAAUUUAAAGACUCUUAUCAACGGAAAUAACAACCUCAGCUUCCUUGAUUGAUAAUCGAUAAUCAACAAAUUUAACUGCCAUAUCAAGUACAAUUCCGUUGCCUGUUGGGUUAGUAAAAAAAUGACCCAAUCCUCAAAAUCGCGCAAGAAAAUGCUAAUCCACCGCCCUGGCUAGCCACUUGGAUCUUUUUUCUAUGAAACAAACUUUCAGACAACUCUCUUCAAGACCAUUAAGCCCCUUAACUAGCGGUUAUAGCCCUUCAAAGUAUUGCAAACAGUGGAUUGUAACCACUUUCAGCCAAACGCUUGGUUUGAUUAAAAUUGUAGAAAGCCAUUGUUGACAUUAUCGCAGGUCAUUUUCUCAUGUAAUUUCUCAUCAUACAGUACCCUUUCCAUCAUGGAGUCCGAUGUUUGAGCGUUCGGAAAUUGUGAUUUGAGCAUAUUUUAAUUGGUUUUGGGAAUGUCUGCACCUCUUAUCAGUCGUUGAAUGGACAUUGGAACUGGUCUUAUCAAGUCCUACAUUCUCCCUUCUUUCAGUUCGUUCCCGUUUUCAUCAACCAUUUGGACGUGUCCAUUGAUUCAUCCGCCCUUGUCCGGAGCUCUGGUUCAUCUCGGAGAUCGAGAGGACCAUCAGUCACGGACUAAAGUAAGUUCUCCUUAAGUUUUGGAAAGUUAGAGUAAGUUGUAUUCCAGAAGACUAAGUGAUGAAAAAUAAAUUUUUGAACACACGGUUAACCGUAUCAUUUUCACGAUCAAUAAGAAUACUAUUAGAGUUUGUUUAAAUUUGGAUCGUAUUUCAAAGAUACCAACCAAAUAUAUUUUGAUUUCUUCUCGAAGAUUCUCUCGAAAUAGCCAUGUUUGUCGCUGAGAUUGAUAAAAACAAGGAGUUAUUUUUACGAGCAAGCAUGUUAGUUUAAGGGAGGUAGAUUUGAAAGACUCCAAAUUAAAAUUUUGUGAUGCCAUUCGGUAAAAAGAUUUCAGGAAAAUUGAGCGAAACUUCGAAAUGAUGACUUUUAAUUGUCAUGUAUUUUAGAGAGUUUGUAUGGGAUUUGAGCCACUGAUUCUUGUUCAUUACUGCCGACCUCCUUAG